AUGACGUCCUUCUUGCUUGACGAACUUCCGGCAUGGUGGCGUCAAGCUCCGCCAAUCCUGCCCACUCAGCUGUCGACUGGUUCCACCACAGGAACGUGGGAGUCGGAGAUGAAUUCAACUCUGAAACAUGCGAAAUUCAAAGAGAGCCAUCAACCUCAACUCCGACCUCCAGCCCCGGUGACAGAUUGCGUUGAGGGGUCAGUUGUAAAGGAGGAUGCAAUAGAUGAUUCUACAAAACACAGGAAGGACCAGUUUGGUCUUGCUCAAAAGCAGAGGCCUCAGACGAAACAAAGUAAGGCCAAAAGAAGACGGCAUUUUCCGUCCGAAGUGGCAAAUGGGAAUGAGAGUAGCGGACUAUCCGGCAGACAAGAGCCCGCCAAAUCGGCAAAUUCAGCUAAACCUGAUCUUGAAGCGGGAUCUCAGUUUACGAGUAAACCCCGCAAGGAGAGGAGAUCAGGAAACACAGAACCACGUGAUGAGCGGAGGAUUACUAGUCCUCUGGAAGUGUUGUUUCAUAUCUCCAAUGCUAAGGCUUGCAUCUCCAGGCUUCAGGUGAGUGGGAGCCGCUUUGCAAUGGACCUAGACACCCAAAAUGGCACAACCUCUUUGUCUCCCCAUGUUGAAUUUGAGCUCCCUAGCUCUCCAACUUGUAUAAAAACUAAAAUUACAUACUACUCGCAAAAUAAUGAAUUUGAGCUCCGACCUUGA